UGCGCGAGGGGAAGGGCUGAGGGGGAUGAGAGUGGGCGGGCGGCAGUGGUUACGAACGGCGAGCGGCGCGGCAGUAGUAACGGAUAGUAGUCUCGCGGCCGGUAGUAGUAAACGGCUGGCUCGUCGCGACCCUUCCGAACCGGCCGGACGAUCAAUCGAGCCGGCGAGAGAGAGGCACGACGACACCGGCACUACCUCCUCUCCGGGCUCGUUCUGCCCCGAGGGAACCCGGAGCUCGGCCUCCGGACUCCCGGAGAUCGCGUUAAUGCGCCGAGGCGGUGGAGUGAGGAAGAGUGAGCCGUCACCGGGGGAUUGUCGGGGGGAGGUGGAGGACGGCAGCCUUCGCGAUCAGGACGUCGAGGAGUCACGAACGGGAGUUCCCGGCUGCCGGAAGCGCGCGUAGGAAGUGAACGGCGGCCGAGUUCGGGGAUCCUCGGGGUGGUCCUCAGGGUGCCGGCGGUCCAGGAGCGCGGGUUUCGCCUGGUCUCGACUAUGUGCCUCGAAGGGAUCCGGCUGCUGGGCUCGUCGCCGGUGACCGUGCGUGGCGUCGACGCGACGGAGCGCACGACGUGACUCCGUUCACGGGUCAGCUGAUCCGACGAGGUCGCGGAAGACAAAGGAGGAGAGAGAUCCACGAUGGCCCUCGUGAUGUUGCCGUGCGACCUGCCCUGGUGGCCGGCGGUGGUAAAGCAACUGGACAAAGCCGCCGCAGCCAGGAAGUCCCAGGAACUGAUAGACGCGAUGCAGCGACUGCAUGACAUGUGCAACAUAAGCCUCGAUCCCGAGGAAGACGUGCAGGACCCUGACUUGUUCGCCGAACUGGCAACCUUCCUAGACGAAGACCUCGACCUCGCGGAGAGGGAGCAGGUGUUCACGAAGACAAUACCGCGGAUGGUGGAGAGGGCGAAGGCUUUGAGAUCCACUAAGCCGCCGCAAGGUUUACACUUUAGCCUCCAGCAGCAAGGUGAUAGCAUCGAAUACAGUUACGCCUUCGUAUCCUCCUUAAUCGCGAACGCAUUCUUCUCGACGUACCCGAAGAGAACCACGAAGACCCACCCUACGUUGCGCGACUUCAAUUUCACGAACUUCUUCAGACAUCUUCACAAAAACGCACAGAAAGCUAAGCUUAAAAGUAUCUUUCAUUAUUACAACUAUCUCGAGACGGAGCAUGCGCUCGACGGCCGCCUGGUAAUUUCCAGACAGGUGAUGUCGGCUAAACAAUGGUUGACUAUCGAGGACUGGCUGGAAAGUAACGUACCUCUGUGUCCGUUAACGAUACGCCACGAGGGUCGGUUGGAGAGGAUGGAGACGGAAUCGAAGGUGCUGCAGGUUUGCUUCGCAGACGCUAAGAUCGGCGGCGGAGUGCUCGAUGGGGAUGUCACGCAGGAAACUGUACAUGUGGCGACGCAUCCCGAGAUGCUCGCCGCGAUACUAUCCGUCGAGGCCUUAGAAGACAACGAAGUACUGAUAAUCGAGGGCGUGCGGCACGUGUCGAGGAUAAACGAUCCGCGGCACAAGGCGAUCUUCGAGAGCAUCCCGAAGCCGAACGUGGUUACGGUCUGCUGUAUAGACCCCGAGGACUACUCGCGGCUGCCGUUGACGCAAUUCGAGGAGGACAACAUUCUGCGCGAGAUGAACAAGUCGCUGUUAGGCUUCCGCCAGCGACACGUGCCCAGCAGUCCGACGGAUCCCAUCAAGGCGGAACCGGAAGCGGAGAUCGGCAUAGGCUCGCGCAGACUGUCGCCGAUCGGCGAGAGCUUCAGCAGCACCCCGCCGGAAACGGAGGGCGAAGACAAGGUCUACUCCAAGACAGACAAGCAGUCCCCGCGCGAAGACUGCGGCAAAUUGGACGGCGCGACGCAGGAGGUGCGCAGCAGGCCUAACGGUAAAUCAAUGAGACCGCCGAGCCCGCACAAGAUAUGCAAGGACGCGAGCUGCAGCAACAGCCGACGGAACCGCUUCAUCGUGCUCGGCUCGAGCGGCGAGGUGCUGCCGGUUACGCGCAAGUCCCUCGGCCAGAUGUCGGUCUACAGCAGCUGCAACAGCCAGAGCACCGACAGCUUCCACAGCGCCAAAGAAACCAUCGACGAGGAACCAAGCGGGGAGGAGGAACACAGACUGACGAAGCGUUACAGCGCGCAGCUGGACACACCCGAAAGACGGGGCACCUUUGCGCAGCGACUGAAGGACGCUCUGAAGCGGGAAAGCACGGCGACCGGCGCGACUUCCUCCAACACCUCGUCCGGCGAGAGCAGCUACGCCGUCGGCAUCAGCGUCAGCGGCAGCCACGUCUGCGAUCAGGACAUCAAGGUAAAAAGAGGAGGCUCGAGGGGUUUCGUCCUUCGCGACGAGACAGUGGACGAGGAGUUCCUGAAGGAAUCCCUGGAGGCUGAGCAGAAGUGGCUCGGCCGGUUUCGACAAAGCCAGGGGCCCAUGUUCCAACGGAAAGACACAAGUGCCAGCAGCAAAUACAGUUUCAGCACCGAGUACAAUUCCGAUUUCUGCUCCGAACUGGAGGAGGUGUACGAGCAGCUGUCCAAGUGGCUGGAGGACCCGAUAGUGGCGGACGAGAGCCGAGAGCUGGAUGCGAGGGACCGGGCGGUGGUACGAUUCGCCGGUUCGCUCCUGAAGCGCGCCCUGAGCGAGUCGUUCGCUGGCGUGCCGGUCCAAGAAGGAGAUCCUCAGCCGUUCAUCGACUCGAACGACGUGAGCCAGCGGCACAAGCUGGCGUUGGCCGUGAGGAGCCUCAGCUUGGAGCUCGCUCGUCAAAAGAACCGAAGACAGCAAUCAGUAUCUGAAUCGGCAGAUGUAGAUCGCUACGAGGACGCCUCGUGCGAGAUGGUAAGAGAAGCGAAGGACUCCCAACGUAGGAAACUUUGGGCCGUUACGUUCACGUCGGAAGUGUUCCAAACGUUGGUCGAUGAUCAGACCACCGUAUGCCUGUCCAUGCCGGCGGCUUCCAGCGCGAAACGCGCUCCGGGCGUGCUCGGUGCCGAGUUGCCGCGCGAGAACAGCCCUCAAGGCGGUGGGUUGCUACCGGUGGCCACCGGUAAUUGGGGAUGUGGGACUAGAUUGAAGGGUGAUCCGCAACUUAAGCUGGUUGUUCAGUGGCUCGCGUCUUCGUUGGCGGGCGUGCCCAGGCUAAUUUACUACACCUCGGGCAAUGCCGGUUUGUCUAAGUUAGACACCGUGAGCAGAGUCCUGAUGGAUAGACGUUGGUCGGUGGGCGAUCUGGCAGCCGCAACUCUCAGGUUCGCCGUGCAAGCGAUCGAGGAGCGGGUCGAGGGCAAGAACAGCCUCUUCGAGGAGAUCAUCGGUAUGGAUAAGCCGAGUCCUUAGCCCGACACGAUGCUGUCCGUUCUGGUGGACGUGUUGGCUACCAUGAUCGAGGACGGCCUAUUGCGAACCUAAUAAUGUAUAUCAAUAUCCCCUUCCCCCCUACCACCCCCGCCUUUCGCGGGGAGAAACACAAAAACAGAACGGGUAUUUAACUGUAGCGACGCAGGAUCGAGAGGAGAACUAUUCUAAUUCGUACGCGAGCGUAGCUUUAGGUGAAACAUGUAACGAGUUUAAAGAGGUAUUCUCAUUCGAAACGUCGCCUUGUGAUUUUUACAAAUUUUUCUCGAAAAAACUAUAGGACAUACAAAUUUGAAGUUUUAUACAAAUAUUUAUUUAUACUUUAACUGUGUGUGCGCGCGUGCUGUGUAUACAUAUAUAUACAGUAAUUUCUACAUAUUACUCGAAACAUUUUAUGUGCAGAUAUCCAGCAAAUUACGCACAAAGAUUGCUUAUGUGCAUAAGCAAAACUUUAUGUCGUACGUCGUCAUAAAGCUAUCAAAUGAUUAGCAAAAUUUUCGCGUGAUAUUUUCAUUAUAAAAACGUGAGAUGCUCACAUGAUCAAAACGAGGGAUGUUAUGCGAAUACAGCGAACGACUUGCGAGCAGACAUCUGACUUGAAAGCUGCGCAAUAUACUGUCGAAUCACGAGCAAAACGUAGAUAAGCCUCAUAUACAAGGCUUAUAGACAUAACAGGCGCAAAUUUUGCUAGCAAGAAUCGUUAUUCAGGUAUUAUUUCAAUAUUAAUAAGGUUAUAAAUCAUUUUGAGCAACGCCGAACGGAAGUUUUGCCUGCAUGUUUACCACGAUACCGGACGUUAUAGACUUCUGAAACCAAAACGGUGAAGAAGAUUGUUAUAAUUCAACUAUAGAUUUAUAAUUGUGGCUAUCGUCCUUACCACGAUGGAAAAAGAAAUUUUGUUUACAAAUGGCACGACUUAAAAAAAAUCGAUUUUGAUCAUUUUUUUCGGCUUUGAGAGUCCUUAAAAAUCGAAACAUUAAAGGUACUUCGUCGUGGUAGGAACGAUAGCCACAAAUUUAUAGUUUAAUAAUUUUCUCGCCGUUUUGGUUUCAGAGAGCUGUAACGUCUGAAAUCGUGGCAACCUCUUUGCGUUCAGCGCUAAAUCGUCAUUAAUAUUGAAGAUAAUACUAUGUGGAUAUUACUAUAUAUAUGUUGUAUAGUUAAAGCACGUCGAUAAAUAUUUAUACAACACUUCAGAAUCGCAUGUCUCAUGGUUUACUCAAAGGAAAAAAAUGUCUAAAAAUCACCUGCCAAACGAAACGUUUCAAAUGAGAAUACUCUUAGACGAUCAAUCAUUGCAGAUAUCGAGUCUUUAGCGAGCCUUGAUUUCGCGUAGAGAGGGAAUUUCUCUUCCUCACGGUUUUCAUUCUUCUGUACUGUUACUCGUCUAGCAUAUCAAAAGGAUAUCAGGCAAACUCGCACAAUUCGUCGUACAAGGCAAUAUAUCAAAUAGAGACGUAGUGUCGCUGCGAUAUUUUCUAGUCUGUAAACGUAGAGGCUGUCGAUGCGGCUUACACGUCCGCAAUUGUUCCCGUUGCGUGUCCCCCGAGAAGCAACGGCCGGCGUAGACACCGUGUAAUACCGGAGCUUCAGUUAUCUUUUAAUCACGUCGUUAGUAAAAGAAUGUGAGGAAACUCCUUAUGAUUUCGCGCGAUAACGGUCUAGUCGGUAUAUGUGUGUGUGCGUAUCUGUAUGUAUGACGCGUGUACGAGAGGUCAAUUCCGAUUUUACUUCAUAUACGAAACAAGUAACUGGACACAGUUACAUGCAAUAAUUAAUGAGGCACAAUAUACUAAACUAUAUUUUGUACAAUAAAUAUUUAUAUAUAUAUAUAUAUUAAGUCGCUCUAUAUUUUAAGUCAAAAAGAAAUAUAUAUAUACGUAAUAUGCGAAUAGAUUUUUAGAGGAAAAAACACUUUUAGUAGUAUUUUCUAAUAAAAUAUUAAUAUAUAUAUAUAUACAUAAACCACAUUUUUUUAUAAAGAUAAAACUUAUAUACAUAAACCGCUUCUAUGUAAAACCGCAAUCUCCGGUAUCGAAGAGUGGGUAACAUGGCCUACGAUGGACUAUGCUUGGUAGUGUGUAAAUCAAUUAAAAAGAAAUGAGGUCUUCCAUUAUUAACGCGAAACAUGUGAAAGUAUUUGUUUUAUGACUUCUAUAUACUUUAGAUAAACUUCUCUCAUUCCUAAUGAGAAGCUUUAUCUCAUUCUAUCGCAUUCUAAGCAAUGAUAGGAAUGUUUCAAAGUCUAUAUAUAUAUAUAUAUAUAUAUAUAUAUACCAUAUACAUGUGCAGGAAAAAAGUAUACAUAUAUACGUGGAGUAUAUAUUAAUAAAUUUAUAUCACACAAAGAGCAAGUGAAAUUUUGCCUCUAUUUGAGAUCUUCCUGUCCUGUCUAAUCGCGAUUCAUCGUUUUUUUUUUUCGAUAUGUGCAUACAAGUUUUAUCUUUUUCUCCCUCCACGAGUCGGCUAAACUCAAGAUCGAUCUCAACAGAAAAUGAAACGUAUCUUGCUACGCAUCACAGUUUUCCUUUUAUUAAUAUCACACGUUAUUGUUAAUUAGAAAUAUCUUAAACAUACCAUCUGUAUAUAUAUAUGUAUAAGAUAGCAUUCAAUAAAUAUUAUUUCCGAACAGUA